UUUUAACAACUUCCAGGAGCAGUGAGAAACCCCGUUCAAACCCUAACCACACUUCUCACCCAAUUUGUUAAAUUUGAGCCCCUCGCCGCGUGCCGGACCGCACCCAAUGCAAAGCUUCUUCUUCUGCGCUACAUAUUUGUAACACUUCAGAAUGCUAGAAAAAUGAUUAAGUUACUCUGUGUCGGAUGGGGGCAGCGUAAUUUUUAAAAUAAGUGUCUCGUAGAGGAGGGGACUGCACCGGCGGCGAAGCUCGCCUACGAGAGAGGGGAGAAUUUUUUGUAAAAACAACACGAGCCCUUUUUGUAUUGUGGUUGGACAGGCUGCAGUCAUGGUGCUAGAAAAUGGUAAGAGGAAGAAUCCAAACAUUCUGGUGACUGGAACACCGGGGACUGGAAAGACAACCAUGUGCACUACUCUAGCAGAAGCCACGCAACUCUGCCACAUCAAUAUUGGAGAAUUAGUCAAAGAAAAGAACUUGCAUGAUGGCUGGGAUGAUGAGCUUGAUUGUUACGUUCUUAAUGAAGACUUGGUCUGUGAUGAACUUGAGGAUGUAAUGGAAGAGGGCGGAAACAUUGUGGAUUACCAUGGCUGUGAUUUCUUUCCUGAGCGAUGGUUUGAUUGUGUAGUUGUACUUCAAACUGAUAACACCAUUUUGUAUGACCGUUUGAGUAGGAGGGGGUACAAAGAUUCAAAGCUUUCAAACAACAUUGAAUGUGAAAUCUUCCAAGUUCUGCUUGAGGAGGCUAAAGAUAGUUACUCGGAGGAGAAAGUGAUUGCAUUGAAGAGUGAUAAUAUCGAUGACAUUAGUAGAAAUGUUGCAACUCUGACAGAUUGGGUCAGAAAUUGGUCUUUACCCUCACAAUCUUAACAAAAUUAUAGGAGUUGUUUGUAUAUGCCAUUUUGCAUGAGUUUGGUGAAAUGUCAUGAUGAACUGCUACCUGUAGCAGAUCUGCAGUGUGGUUGAAUUUUCUUACAAAAUUUGGUAUGGCGUGUAUCCAAGGCAUUUAAGUUAUGGGUUUUAAAUUUGACAAUUGAAAGGAUAAUUUUGCUGAGUUGUGAUCCUAGGUUUCAAUUAGUGUAGCGAUGUUUAAUUAAACUCGAUGCAAUAGCCGGCUAGUCUGGCCAGACUGGCCUGUCCGUCUAGUCAGUUUUUAUUUUA